ACAAAAAUGUCGAUGAAUUUUUUUGGUACAGUUUGUUAAAAAAAGAAACGAUGUCAAGGAAUGUACAAGAUGUUUUUAUGAUUGAUGAAUUACAAACAUCUCUCUCUCUCUCUCUCUCUCUCUCUCUCUCUCGCCAAGUUUUACAAAACAACAACAUCUAUUUUCGCCGAAAGUCUAGAGUAGAGUCUUGCGCAAAUUAGAUCAUUAGAGCAAUUUCUAAAAAUAUCCAAUUUCUCGAAUAUUUUUUUAUUUAAGAAAUAACGCGCGUGACCUCGCAUCGCUGUUAUCGAAACUACAUCAUAAUUACAAACAAUAUACGUAACAAUUUUAUCGUCAUCUUUAAUCUUCCAUAAUAAAAAUCUGUUUAAUAGAACAGAAACACGUUCUUAACCGAUUCUUAAAAAGAGCAAAAUAAAUAAACGAGAUCCGAAUUCUCGAAAAUAUCCGCUAAGUGUAAUCCGUACGUAUGACGCGUGUGAUGAAAGCGUGUAGCAAUCCACCACAGGCUCGGUUUAUCACGCGACGACACGAGGUUAAAGAUCACAAACUACUCCACGAUCUCUUUCCUCGUAACGUGACGUAUUAUAACCGUGACACCCUAGUGGAAUCUCGGCUGGAUUAUUCACAGUGUGUCAAUAUUGAACAGGAUACAAUGAACGCAACUCCCUCUCCCUUCCCUCCUCGAUGACAAAGAUAAUGGCCUGUAUCUCUCACGAUACGCGGCUGGCAUCCUGUCAGAUCUCGGAUUACCGAUUUCUAUACGCGGCCCACACACAUCCUGUACAUGACACGCGUGUACACGCGUCAAACAUACACACGCGAUUGUGCAACAACGCCGCGAUUUACACCUAGAUUUACUUUGUGUUAUCGUCCACGUAAUUGGCGGACACCUUACCCUUUUUGUAAACGCUAAGCUACGCCCGCAACUUUAUAAGUAACUGUCUCGUUUUCACGGCGAGUCUUCUUUCCCCGCAACGAGCGCUCGAAAGAUCGAUCGAACGACAUGCGAACGUUUUAUACGUGUUUUUGGUUCACCUUGAUUUCCUGCUACUCGAUAUGCAUCGUGGCUUCGGCCGAGGAUUCGUUCGAGGAUUCGAAGGAAAAUCGGGGGACGAUUUCGAGACGAUCGUCGAGCCUCGAAGAUGAACGGCAGAUCGAACGGGGCCUGCGACAAGAUUUCCGGAUAUCGAACGAUUCCGAGGAAAAUGUCUUUUUCUCCACGGAUAAGUGCUCCAGGUAUUGUAUCAAAAGGCAGAUCGAUAAAAACAAUGGGAACGGUGUACAAAACAUUAAUCUGUUCUGGACAAAUGGCAUCGACGCAACGGAUCGAUCGAAAGAUCAUUCGGAGGUUCUGUCGAAAACAGAGUGGACAGAUGCAAUCCGAAAUCCAGGCAUCGUCCAACAUAGAAAUUGUCAGAUUUACCUUGACCUGGAUUGUAACAUCACCGAGGCGAUAAUUAAUUGGAAUCGUGCGAACGGGGAAUUCCACUUGGACGUGGAAAACGAUGGAAAGAACAAAGGGAAGAAAAUUAGAGAUAUUAUAAAAAUAGCAGAAAAAUACAAUUUGACCGAACAGACGCAAAUGAACUUCUCGGUCUACAACACGAUCCAUAGAAUCGUCAUAGACAUCGAUGGAAACGUUUCAAACGCAUUGCUUCGAAUACCUAUGAACACAACAGUUUCGAGGCACGGAACGAUCAUAUCUUGGACGAGUAAGGGCGAUGCGGAAGGUGUGCGAAUCGAGACGCGGAAUCCGCCAUCUGGCGAGUGGCGUCUGAAGCUCGUAGGGGAGGAUGGUUCGAAAUAUCAAUUGACGGUGAUGGGUUUCGUCGGUGAGAAUUGCGACCAAAUGAAAAAUCUUUCUCUGGAAUCAGAGAUGAAAGAAAACAUCAAUGAAGAUGCGAUUAAAAAUUAUCGUAUAAAUAUUAAGAUGAAGGAUGGUAUUUUAGAAAAUGAUAAGGAGACAUUUAAUAAUGAAGCAACGAAAAUUAAUUCUGAAAAAAUUAUGGUGAAACAACAAAAUUCAAAUUCUUCGAUGAAUUUCAAAAUGAUGGAAAAUAAAAAAAUAACUCAAGAAAGAUCAUUGACAUAUCGUAUGCGAGAUCAAAAAGAAAACAAUCGCUCGAGAAAAGAAAAUUUUAGCGAUAAUGAUUUAUCGAUAAUCUCUACAACUGAAAAUAUGCUUAUUAAUUUCGUUGAAUACGUUACUUUCGUAGACGUUGACAAAAAUGUAAUUACUACAUCGAAUGAAAAAUUUUUGGAAACAAAGGAGGAACAGGAAAAUCUUCAUACAAGACCCUCGACUGGAGUAAUUGAAAACCUCGACGUUAAAAGAACUCCAAUACAGAAAAAUAUUAACAUAUCGAUGAGAAUGAUCGAAACUCUGAAUAAUAAAGAAAUGUCCGAAGAAUUGGUAAACCAUGUCGGUAAAAACAUCAUCGAGAAGAAAAAGAUGCUGAUUGAAGUUAACAGAAAUAGCAAUUUGCUUGUGAUUCCCGGAACUAUACAUAGAAUAGUAUUCGAUGUGAUGAACAAAUGCGUUUUACCUGUUAGAUAUGCAUUCAGAGUAAAGAGCAGUCCUUUUAGAUUAUACAAUAUUCAACCAUCCUACGUAUGGAUUUAUCCUGGACAGAUGAGCAAUGUAGCAAUAGAUUUGAUUGUACCCGAUAAUGUUGCACCAGAUACAGCUAAUACAGUCACCUUAUCUAUCUCGGGUACUGAAAUAAAGGAAAAAUCUGUAUAUUUAUAUGUACAAGGAUCACUUUCAAAGCUAACAGAUGAUAUAAAACCAACUAUUGAAUAUUCUUUCAAUGAUAAUUGUAUUGGAAAAUUAGAAAAAGAUCGAUGCUAUAAAUCUUAUUGGAGCGUUGAUGUUACAAUUCAAGAUCAUGAUUCAGGUUUAAAAUGUGUAAUAUCAUCAUUAAAUGAUAUCUAUCCACGUACGGAUUUCAUUAGUGGUACAAGAAAUCCCAUAACAUUUUAUUAUUCUGCUACAUGUUGUGAUAAGACAGUCAAAAUUACAGCUAUAGAUUUACUAAAUAAUUAUAACACUAUAAUUAUAGAUGUUACAGCAUGGAACAAUUUAUCAGAAGCAGAAAUUGCAGCUAUUACAACGGGAGCAUUAUUAGCUUUGUUGCUUAUUGUUUUAAUUGUUAUUCUAAUCAUAUACUGUGUUCGAAAAAGGAAAAGUCAUGAUUUGCCUUAUACACAACGAUAUGGAUCUAGACCACCUACACAAUCAGAAAGAACUAAUUUCUAAUCCUUUAUUAAUAUUGAAAUAUGUAUAUUAAAAUAAUAUACAUUGAAUAUACAAAGUUUAUUAUUAUAGAAGUUAAUAUUAUAAUUAUUACAAUUAAAUUAUAUUGUUAUAAAAUAUAUCUAUAAUAAAUGUAC